GUUUCUCACUUUUUAAUUUAAAAGGUGAUGUUUUGGGCAGUUCUGAAGUUUGUUGAAGUUGCUACGGUACUUCACUUUUUCAUCUCGGAUUGAGUCACCAUCUACGUGAUUUCUAAUUCCCGUACUAAUCCGAUCUUCGUCAACUUUUUCCAUUUACGUGGAUUAUCAGUGUCUCCUCAACAUGAAUAUGAAAGCAUUGGUGACGUUGGCAUUUUCAGCCUCGAUAGGCCUCAUGUUCCUGAUACUGGCCUGUGCUUUACCAGAGUUCAAUAACUGGUGGCCGUUCUUCGUGCUCAUGUUCUAUGUAUUGGCUCCGGUACCAAUCAUCAUAGCUCGCAGACUGUCAGAGGACACGGGAGGGAGCAACCCCUGCAGAGAGAUGGCCUAUUUUGUCACAGCUGUCCUCGUCGUCUCUGCAUUUGGUCUUCCCAUCGUAUUAGCCAGAUCGCCUGUGUCGCAGCCAGUAAUUCAGUGGGGAGCUUGUGGACUAGUUCUGGCAGGAAAUGUGGUAUCGUUUUUAACCAUUUGGGGUUUCUUCAUCAUGGCCGACAGUGAUGACGUGGAGUACAGUAUGUGGUGAAGAUGAAACAGAAGAUUUACAUCUUGCUGUGAAGUGCUGUAGACACUUCACACUAGCAGGAGACAUCUUUGAACUCAAGCUGCUUGAAAAUGGGUAUCUGUUUACUCAGUCCCUUAGUUUAUGGCUGCACCACUUAUCUUAACCUUUAUUAUGUCUGCACAGCAAGAUACUGCAGUAGAUACUCCCCACUGUUGCCUUUUUAUCAAGUUUCGCAUUUUGAGAACUGACUUGCCUAUAAGCUCUGCCCAUUUAUGAUGUCCAUUACAACAUUUACAUUUUGUAGAAGUUACAGUAUUUGGUGGUUGUGAAUUUGUUGAUAUAGCUUGCUGAACAUCCAACAAUCUGUCAACUUGUGUGACUUGUAAUGGUUGUUACAGGUGCUAGCACAGCAGAGUUUAUUUGUUAGGUCAUUUGUAGCUGAUGAUUUAAUCAUGGCUGUUGGUUUGGGAACUAGUGGUGAUAAUUUUUUUUAAUAAAACCUAGGUUUCUUGUACUGUACUUUAUUAACAGAGUAACUACCUAGUAACGCCCCAUUAAGAUGGUUCAUCACCACUAACAGUGUACAGUACUGUGUAGAUUGGGAAAUUGUGUUGAAUACACAUUAAAGUUCUGGGAUUCUCACUUAGUGAGUGUUAGUAUGUGAUAAAAUACUGAAUAAAAGAAAUGAUCAUAAGAUGUGAAAAGUCUUACAUACUUUACCUCUUUGCUCAUUGGAAUAAAUGUCUCAUAUAUUAGUUCUUGGCUCAUUUCUGUAGUUUUAUACAAUGACAAUCACAUCAUCAGUCACGUAGAAUUGGAAUUGGUUGAGUAGUGUGUUUGAUUUAACUUUUGGAGUAAAUUAUUUAAUUAUUUGAUAAAUGUAUUUAAAAAUCAGCUGUCAUAGAAGGCUGCAGGUCCUAAACCAGGGAUGUGUAGCCCUUAUCAGGCAAUGUGGUGGGUGUUGGUGUCAGAUGUUGGGUCCUAUACAGAAAGAGACAUUGGCUUGGCUGUGGAUGGCACACCAGACACCUAAAUCAUUAACAUAUUUUUUAUCUGUAUGCUGGUUCUCAGGGUACAAAUGUAUUACUGUAUUCACAUUGUAUUAGAUGUAUGAAACAAAGUGAAGGAAUAAGAAAUUUAUCUUCAAUCCCAAUAACUUAUUAUUGUUGAAUAUGACCAUUUUUCCUGAUUUCCAUUUAUAAGAGUACCAGUAAUUAGUACAGUAGAUGAAUGAAUAACAUUACAUCUUUGUUUGAUGUUAUGAAUGUACACAUGACCACUAGACAUAGGCCUUAUACUCUAUUUUCAUGAUUACUGGUCAACUGGGCCCCAGUCUGAAUAGGCCCCAUACCUACUGGGACCCUACCUAACCUAAUCUAACCUAACCUAACUUAACCAUUAAUGCUGAGGCUCAGUUUUAAUGGACAUCAGCUGUAAGGGACCCCUGUUAAUAGAAAUAAGUUUCAAGGCCCAGUCUUAAGGGAGAGUAGUUUUUUCUCCAUGGGCCUAUCAGCAUGGUAAGGUUAGGUUGGGGGCCUAUUAUGAUUGGGGGCCAUCUCCACAUGGUGUAUUUUGCUACUUGUACCAUAUAAACAUACUUUUUGGUAACUGCAGUGUGUGAAGCUCAUGGUGUGUGAUCAUCUUGUAAAUAUUAAGAGAAAUCUCUAAGUGGCAGUCUUUUCCAUGCCGAGCAACCAUUAAACAUAUGGGUAGGUAGCUAUGCAGUACAGUACUGUAUAUAUAUAACUGUUGUGUGAAGUGAUCAGUUCUUACAUCUGAUGAAGGAGUCAGUCAAUAUUAGCUCUCUUUGUGGUCUUUAAUAAAUGUGCAGGUUGUAGACAGCCUUCAUUAUUCUCCAUACAUUUGUAAUGUCUCGGAAAAAUGUAUACACGCUGCCUUACAGGUUUUUGUGGAGGUAGUGUGAAUGCUCCUAUAACAAAAGCAACAUUGUCCUCACUUGUGGGAGACGUCGCCUCAACAAGCAAGGACAAUCUUGCUGUUGUAAUACAAUCGUUCUUGUGAUCUCUGGGAGAAUCUGUGUGUGUAUAUGUGUGUGUGUGUGUGUGUACAUUUUUCUGAGACACUGGGUAUUUCAAAAGCUUCUUGUAUAUUUUUAUUGUUAUGGAACAAAUGUUCACACUUUUAGUUUCACACAAAAUAAUCAGUGGUAAAAAAAGAGCCUCACAAACAUGACCACUAAACCUUAUAUUCACCGGGUGAUGAACUAACCAUAAUUACCCGAGAAUAGUUAAGUUGGUGACGUCACCUUCAAGGAGAAAAUAAGGGUUUAGUAGUCCAUCUCUUGGUCUUUUUUCAACAUUGGUAUCUUGUGUAUUGUAUUGUCCAGUACAGUAUAUAGGUGAAUAUCCUUAGCUAUUAGAUGCAUCAAGGCCAACAUUAUUCUGUGAUUCAUUACUCUUAACUUUCAUUUAAGGCUUCCGAAUAUUAUCAUUUGGGCCCAGUUCUGAUAGGCAACCAAUUUUAGCGGUUUGUUUAUAUGAACUGCAGCCCAAAAUUUGUGAUCUUCUAUUUUUAAAGUCAUCAAGGUGCAAAGUCUAUCACUUUCACGAUGAUUACAUUAUUUACUAAAUUCUUCCAAAGUCCUUAAAGAUGACUGUUUUAUGUAUUAAAUUACCACCUGGAGGAAAGUAUGAUUGUUUUAUGUAUUAAAUUACCACAUGGAGGAAAGUAUUUAAAAAUGGUUCAUCUUUUGAGAUGUUCUUGACCCAUGAAGUCCACUCAAGUGAUGUAGCCAAGACCACGAAGUCCAAGAGUGAGCCCAAGACCUACUCUACUCACAACUCUGUUAUAGCUACAAGUCUUAUACAUCAGGUCCUGUGCUGAUUUAAGUAUUUGUGUUAGAUAAACUCAACCCAGUUUUGACUUUUAACAGCCAGUACAGUACUCAGAGGUGAUUUGUUGUUAAGUGUUGUAAUAUCUCAGAAUAUUCUUGAGGUCAAUUGACUAUUGGUUUUUAAGUGUUGCAACAUCUCAGAAUAAUCAUAGCCUUUUUUUUUAUUGACCUGAAACUUUUUCGGUGGAAACUAUGCUUUUAUCUGAAAAAAAUUUCAUUGUGUACAGAACAGAUGUAAAUGGCUUUGAGUCAACCUAAGUUUGGUAUCAUGUUAAGGGAGACAGCUGGCAGAACUCACUUGAUGAUUCAGUCCAUUACCAAACUUACAGCUGUUUGGACUUGUUAUUUUGUCAUGGAAUACUUGUUAGUACUCUACUAUAAAGUGUUUAUUAAUGUUAUUCAAAACCCAACUGAUUUAUAUUUUACAGGUUGAGUAGCAUUAUUUUGAGUGAGUCUUCAUGAUGUGGGCUAGGAUGGUCAUUACUGAUCACAAGGUCACCGCUUAUUAAUUUUGUCAUGCCUCUAAGGUGAGGACUUUGUGAGAAUGUGAGCAAUUUUGUGCAAUUUUUUAUGAGUAGUUUGUUAGUCACUUGGUAUUACAUUUACUUCCUCCCUUGUGAGUCUGAUUGAUAUUUUUUAAUUUAGAAAAUGGUGGAUAGUUAAGGUGGAAGGAUAUUCUCAGUAUAGUCUAUUUUAUGUAUUUUAUUUAUAGCUUAUGUCUACCAUGUACAAUACUUUCGGGAAAUGAACAAAGGUUAAUAAUAUAUUCUUUUUAUAAUAUGCAAGAAUAAUUAUCCAUGUUUAAGGUAACUCAUAUAUUAGGAAUACCAAUACCUGCUAUGGAAUGACUAUACAUAGAUUCUUCUUGUACCUUGUAAGUAACUUGAGUAUUUGUUCACCUGCAAGAAGUGAAGGUUACAGUAAAACAUGAAACUAUU